AUCACACCACCACUUUUACAAUUCUUUCUUCCUCAAUCUAUCCGCUCUAGUCUCGUUCUAAGUAUGCUCUGUGGUUGCGGAUAAAUCCGAUCUUCCACAUAAGAAAGAAUUACCAGAGUUUGACCCUAAAGCCCCCCCGUCCCGCUAAGCUCCCGUCCCUUACAAACCUGAACCCGUCGAACCUCUGUCCUGCUUCUGCCAAAAAAUGGACGAAGAGGCUCUUCGUGUAGGUUUUUGUUUUUGUUUUUAUUUUUAAUUGUAACAAUUUGAUUUUGUGAUUUUUUUUAUCAAAACAAUCUCUGAUUUCAUUACUUUUUUUUAUAGAUGGAUGCCGAGAUAUACGAUCCUCGAUUGUAUAUCCAUUAUGGGCCAAGAGAUAUGAGACUCUUAACCGAUCAAGAAGCUCAUCGCUCUCGUGCUAUUUGGGAUAACAAUCCGGUAAUUUGAUGAUUUAUUUGCUUUAUUUUAUUAUUUUCUAAGGUUUUAUUUUGCUUUAUUUAAACUAAAAAAUUGAUGUUUUGCCUUUUUUUUUGAAGGAAUCACUUAUUCUCUUCGUUCAUAAAGAGACCACAAACUUGCCCCCUUGGCAUCCACGGUUGGCGCCCUAUAUAGAGAGGACCGGGUUGGGUAUGUUGCGCCAUUUCAUGCGUAUCGAAAUCGACAACGAUCUGUUUACGACAAUGGCGGAGCGAUGGCGUCCCGAAACCCAUACGUUCCACCUUCUGGAGGGGGAAAUGACGAUCACCCUCAAAGACGUUGCGAUCCUCACCGGGCUGCCGAUUUCUGGAGAUGCCAUCAUUGGUUCCACUACCAAACCCGAGGAGGUUGGGGGCCGCUCAUUCUUGCUGAGUUGGGAUUUGACAUGCCGACCACCACACCAAUUCAAGGACGGGGGCAUCCACCGUUGAAUGCGGGACAAGUGUCGGUCCCGUGGCUGGUAACUCACAUCCAGAAUGAGGUGGAAAUCAAUGACGAGACUCCGGAAGAUCAAGUGGAGCGCUAUGCACGCAUCUACCUCAUUGGUCUGGUGGGUGGAUUUCUGUUCCCCGACAAGUCAAACCGGUGGAUUCAAGGCAUAUGGAUGCCAUUGCUCACUGGUGACUUGGACGCAAUCGGGGGAAAAGAGUUGGGGAUCAGUCGUGUUAGCUAGCAUAUACCGGGAGUUGUGCACUUGCUCGAAGGUGGGAGCAAAACAAGCUGGUGCUGCGAUGUUUAUCCUACAGCUGUGGGUAUGGGAGCAUCUUCCAAUCUUCGCACCUCUAGACCCACGUCCAUACCGGAGAGCCGAUGAUGAGCUAAACUUUCUGCAAAAUCCCCCUUACGGUGUCAAGUAAGUUUAUUCCGUACUUAGCCUAAUUUAAAAUUAUUCCAUGAUUAGCUAGAUUUCAAUUGAAUUUAUUCCGUACUUAGUCUAAUUUAAAAUUAUUCCAUGAUUAGCUAGAUUUCAAUUGAAUUUAUUCCGUACUUAGCCUAAUUUAAAAUUAUUCCAUGAUUAGCUAGAUUUCAAUUGAAUUUAUUCCGUACUUAGCCUAAUUUAAAAUUAUACCAUGCUUAGCUAGAUUUCAAUUGAAUUUAUUCCGUACUUAGCCUAAUUUAAAAUUAUACCAUGCUUAUCUAGAUUUAAAUUGAAUUUAAUCCAUACUUAGCCUAAUUCAAAUUUAUACCAUGCUUAGCUAGAUUUAAAUUGAAUUUAAUCCGUACUUAGCCUAAUUUAAAUUUAUUCAAUGCUUUUACUUACAAGGUGGAUAGGAGCAAAUACGAAUGACCAUCAACCUGAGCAUUCGUUACUGUUUUAUCGUUCUGAGUUAGAUAAGCCUUGGUGGAAUCAGGUAAUCAUGCUUUAUCAUAUUUUAACAAGUUAAGGUUUUUCAACGUAAAUGGUCGCUAAUUGCAUUAUUUGAAUGAAUAUAGGUUACUUGGGAUCCAUAUCCAUGUGAAGUGGUCGAACUGCAUCAUCUUAGAAACUCUCUGGAUCACGAGACGUGGUUGUGCAAGGUGCCAUUGAUUUGUUGGCACGUCGUGGAGUGGCACCUACCCAAUCGAUCCUUGAGGCAAUAUCGAAUGGAGCAACCAAUUCCACAAACCCCGCCUCAAGGUUUCAGGGAGCUACAUGCCAUCGACCUCCGACACGCUUCAAAGAAUUAGAUCCUAAAGUAUCAGUACUACAUCAACAUCUGGGAGAUAGAAUGACAAGGGUGGUCCAAGGGAUGCCGGAGUCAAGACCGAUGGGCUACCACGAUGGGUACAUGCAGUGAUGGUGAGCCCAUUGUGCCCCCGGUUGAGCCCCCACGAAGGAGCAAACGGAGGCCUCUGCUUACUUUCGAAGAGGUGCGUACAACUCAAGAAACCGAGCUCCCUAAACUAUUUGAGUACGAGUGGGCACCUGCACCGGAUGUCGCUGGAGGUUAAUCCAGGAACCGGAUAAUUUCUCUCAUUUCCACCAUCAGCAACAGAGUUUGAUGUAUCACACCCCGCAUAAACAAACCCCUCACCGCCCGAUCUACCAGCAGGCUACCGGUCCAUCUCAGUAACCUCCACCGCCACUUGUAACUCCAGUAGGGGCUCGGGUUAAGAGACAUCGGCGACAAGUCGUUGAGCAAGCCCGCCAAGAAGCAGAAGGAGGAGGUGGAAGAAGGGGUCGAGGACGUCGUGGAGGACGAGGAGGAGGGCGAGCUGAGGGCCAAAAUGAGGGGCAACCAAAUGAAGAAAACCAGUGAAC